AUGCAGCGGCUGGCGGCUAGCAGCGCCGAGGCGCAGGGGCUGGCUGCCCAGCACGAGCAGCAGCGGCAGCAGCUGCUGCAGCAGGUGGCGGCGCACCAGGAGCAGGCGGCCGAGGCGGCUGCGGCAGCCGCUGCAGCUGCGGACCAGCACGCCGUGGCGCUUGAUGCGCAGCGCCGGGCGCAUGCCGCAGAGCUGGCCGCCGCGGCCGCGCAGCGUGAGGAGGCUGCUGCUGCUGCAGCGGCGGAGCAUGCCGAUGUGCUUGCGGCGGUUCUUGCUGAGCUGGCGCAGACGCAGCAGCUGUUGCGGGGCUCGCGCGAGGAGGCUCGCAUCCUCAGCGAGCACCAUGAGCAGCAGCUGAAGGAGGUGGAGGAGGAGUGGGCCUCCAAGCUGCAGGCAGCCGAGCAGGCGGGGCAGCGCCAGGUGGCGGCGGUGCAGGCCACAGUGGCGACGCGGGAUGGCACCAUAGCCGAGUUGCGGGCGAAGGUGCAGAGCCGGGACGAGCGCGUGGCUCAGCUGGGCGAGCUGGUUGCCAGGCUGGAGGCGGGCAAGGCUGAGCUGGCGCGCCGGCUGGCGGCGCUGCAGGGCGAGCUGCUGGAGGCGGGGCGGCAGCGGCGCGGGCUGGAGGCCGCCCUGGGCGAGGAGCGCGAUGUGGUGGCCGAGCUUCACACGCAGGUGGAGGGCUACGAGCGGUCCCGCAUGGCACUAGCCAAGUCCUUCUUCGAGAACAAGCGCAGCUCUGACGCCGCCAAGGUCAUCCAGCGCCACUGGCGCGAGCACCGCAUGCACCGCAUGCGCCAGCAGCAGACCGAGGGCUACCAGGCCCUGACCAACGCCAAGGCCAUGCUGGGGACGCUGGCCCAGCAGCACGCCGACCUGGAGCAGCGGCACCGCGCCAACCUGGCCUUCUCGGGGCAGACACUGGUGGGGGACAACCUGGAUGUGCUGCAGGAUGCGGUGGAGUCCAUCAUCGCAGCCUUCCUGCUGCCCGCGCGGGACCUGCGCACCAUCCAGCAGUACCAGCAGAAGGUGUCUGGCUACUCGGCGGCGCCCUCGGCCCGCCAGAGCACCGCCUACCCGCCCGCCUCGGGGCCCGGCGGCCCCGGCGGCCUGUCCCGAGCCAGCACCGGCGGGCGGGACGACCUCAUCAAGGCUGCUGUGUACCCUCUGGCGGACAGCCUGCCAGGGUCAGCCCGCAGCACACCUCGGGAGAUGGGGGGCAGCGAUGGGCCGCUGGCGGGCGCGGCGCAGUACGCGCAGCAGUGCGCAGCGGCGCAGCAGCAGCAGCAGUACGGCCCACAGCAGCAGCAGGCGCAGUACCAGCAGGCAGCGGCACAGCAGCAGCACCAGGGCGGUGUGGCGCAUGCCCCGCUGCUACGGGAGGGCAGCCUGCGUGGCGGCCUGGCCAACCUGGCGGGCAAGGUGCUGAACUCACCCAUUGACCGCCUGCGCCGCCUCUCCUCCGGCCACUAG